AUGGCGGACGAAGACUACGAAGACGGCGAGAUCCUAGAGGAGGGCGAGGAGGUCGAGCAGGUCUCUCCUUCUACCCAGUCUGCUGCACCUGCGUCCGGCGCUUCUACCGACGCGCCAACCAUCUCGCAGCCCGCUCUACCGCCUGUAAACGAGGCUCUACUGCCCACGCCAGGUAGCACCAACCCGCGCAAGCGGCUGCACUCGACGCUACAAGACGCCAGGGUGCCAAGCUCAGCCUCAGUAUACGACAACCGCCCACCGCUGACCCACCGCCAGCCAGCGCGCUACAGCAGCAGCAACAACAGUAACAACAACAAUGGCUACAGCGACCGCCGACCCCACGAGCACCAGGACGACCGCGUGUACUCGGAGGAUCUGAUCGUCAAGUACCCGAGGCAGCAGCCGCACAGCCGCGUGCUGAUGGACUUUGGCGCGUGGAUGGCGGCGGCCAGGAGCAGGCAGCGACUGGACGUGGAGGAGGUGCAGAAGCUGGUGCUCAACGUGCUGCGUGGAGGCAGCAGGAAGGAGAAGGGCCGCGUGAGCCCCUACCUGCUGCCGUCCCUGAUGCCCGGGGCGGAGCUGCCCUCCAAGGUCUGCGUGGUGCUGCUGGCCAAGAUGCACCCGUCGGUGCUGCAGAAGUACCGAGCCAAGCUGAGCUUCUUCGACGCGUGCUCGAGCGUGCCCGUGAUGCUGACCAAGCAGGAGCUGAACCAGAUCCGAAGGUCCGAGGCGCCGCUGCCGGAGCUCAUGUACAAGUUCCCGAGACCCACAGUGGACACGCACGAGCUGUCGACGGACGAGCUGUUCUACGCCCACGAGCUGACGUUCCUGAUGAAGCACUCGGCUGGGUUUACGGACGAGCUGGUGUUCCUGCCGACAGGCAGAUUUACACGCAAGAGUCAGCCGCUUGGAGGGACGUGGGAGCUGGACGGAGACCUGCUUCAUCUGAAGUGGAGGCAGCGCACGACGAAGGCGGCUGCGGCUGGGCCGGAAGAGACACCGACGGACCAGGAUACGGUGAUGGAGGACGAGGAAGACGAUGCGUACACGUUGGACGUGCUCGUGAGUCAAGAUGGCAGCAUGCACGAGUUCAGGACGGACCCUGUCACGGAUGAGACUUAUGCCCACAAAGUGCCCGAGCAUUUGGCCAAGAAGCGGCGCGGCGACGAUAAGCCACGCUCCAUCUGGCUAUCGCUUGCGAAGGCGAUCGCAGUGGACGUGCCCCGAUCGGCCGAUGGAGCGCUUAUUCUGCAGGACAAGACACAUGUGAACGGCUCGUCGAAGCAAGAAUCACUGCCCACAGAAAUGAACAGCAAUGGCAUUAAGAAGGAGGAAGAGGCCUUGAAACCGGAGGCGUUCCAGUAUUACACGCUCUCACUUGAAGAGAUGAAGCAGCACGGCUAUCCGACGGAUGUUGAAGAAGAGCAGCGCAAGCUCUUGGAGUCAACUGAAGGGAAUGCACGGGACCGGUACGUAGCGACCAAGCCGCGACCUCAGCUUGCUGCUGCAGGUGCAGCUCCAGCAUCAGAUGGCGAAGAUGACGACGACGACGACGAAGAAGGAGCGGCUAUGGAGACGGAUGAGACUUUGGCUAACGCUUCCUCGAGUGGCGAGUUUAUCUACGCUUUGGACUGUGAAAUGUGUGAGACGGACAUCGGCAUGGAGCUCACGCGAGUGACGGUCGUCGACGUCAAGGGCGCCGUCCUGUACGACCAGCUAGUGAAACCGCAGAGCACUAUCAUCAACUACCACACAGAGUUCAGUGGUAUCUCCGAAGAGACGUUGCGGGACACAAAGUACAUUCUGGCUGACGUGCAGCGGGAUCUGGUGACUCGAUUCAUCUUCGAGGACACGAUCCUCGUGGGUCACUCCUUGACAAGUGACCUGCGUGCCCUGCGCCUGGUGCACCCUACCAUCGCCGACACGUCCAUUUUGUACCCCCAUCAGCGCGGGUUCCCAUUCCGCACUUCUUUGAAGUACCUGACGAAGACGUAUCUGAAGAAGGACAUCCAGACGCAGGUCCAGGAUGGCCACGACUCGGCCGAGGAUGCCAUCGCGUCGUUGGAGCUGCUGCUACUGAAGGUUCGUGAAGGACCUUGGUUCGGCAUUCCCGAGUCAGUCUCUUCGAGCGGCGCUUUCGAUUCCAUCGUGGACAAAGCCUUCGCCUUGGAGAAAAAGUUGACCAUGCUGCGCCUCCAAAGCUCCGAUAAAUCCAAACAGGAGACAGAAAAAGCUACGGCAGAGCGAAAACCAUGGGACCUGUACGCCAGCGGCGAUCUAAAGGCUCAAUCCCAGAGCCCCUUCCGUCAUGCCCAAGCAGUGAAGGCUAAAGCCGAGGAAAGCACUUCGCCAUCGCCGGGCAGCGCGAUCUUGAUGGUCGAAGACUGCUCGUCAUGGGAGGCUCUGAAGACCAGCCUGAAGAGUGCGCUGGGUGAUCAGCCGAGUGAAGCCGCUCCGCAGCCAGACCUUUGCUGGGUGGAGAUUGAGCCCCCGACUGCGAGUGCAGCGCUGUGCAACGAUUUCGUCGGGAAGCACGAGCAGUGGAUGGCCGAGCAGCAGACGUACUGUGAAAAGGUGGACGCGUUCCUGCUGCAGGUUCGCGACGAGGUGCUACCCAAGGGCACGCUGCUGCUGGCGCUCCCGCAAGGCGAUCUGAGUCUGCUGCGGUAUCUCAAGGGCCUGCGAACGCGCUCCAAGUGGCGUGACGCUACGCCCAGCAGCGACGAUGUAGCACCGGAAGAGCUGCACGCCGCGGUGGGCGACGCGUUCCGAGGUGCCAUGGACAGCUGCCUGUUCCUCAUGCAAAAGUGAGAAGGCAGACAGACGAUCGGUCGGGUGUUCGACAACGAUAGAAAGCAAAGCUAGGUAAGCUGCGGCUCGAGGGCCUAAUGAAUGAAAACAAUGUGACCAGCAUCGACC